AUGGACGCCGAACGCCCCAAUCUAUCUACUACCUUACCAAGGAACUUCAUGUUCCAUUACCAUGACGGCCCGGCCCCACAAACCCCCGAGCCAGAGCCGCAGCCCGAGCAGUUGCAACCGCCGCCGCCACCUCGACAAGUGCUCAAGGUUCGUCGUCGCCGUGCCACCUUGGUCAUGAACCACGACGACAUGGACGCAAUCAUGGAUCAGCGACCCAUUCCAACCAUUGAGGCUCCCGAAAUCAUGUCUGAAACUUCGAGCGACCUGCCACCGUACUCACUGCCUCAAAACGACGCGUUCUUGUCACCAGGCUUCGGCUACAGUCGCAUGCUUUCUCCACCCAAGACUCCCGUUGCGCAGAUGAGAACCAUCAGCCACUACGAAGGACCUCAAGACUGGUCUGACGUCCCACAUGUCAGUCAGAGUGAAACAUCAAGCAGACCCACCUCCUCGUCGGGCUUCUCAGAUUCUUCUGUCUCGUCCUGCGAUAGCAUCGGUUCAUUCAUGUCGAGAAGCGGCAGCUGCACGAGUCCCGAAGAAGAACUGUCAGACCCCUUCGCGUUCUGCCCACCCACAAACAAGUCUCAACGUCAAACCUCGCCUUCAAUGGCUACCCCACAGCCUCGCCCUGCUAAGAAGCUAAGGUUGAGGGCAACCUUCAGUGAAGAAAUGGAUCACCACUUGUGGAUGACUUACAUGAAGUACCUCCAAGAUCCUACAGUGACGCCCUUCAAAGCCCUUCCGAGCACCACUCCACCGAACGGAGUAUGCCAUCGUGUAGCGAGGAUGGCCCGCAAGACCUGGAAGGGCCCAAAGCACACUCGCGCUGGUGGUCUGCACGCAGCCACACCUGUAACUCGAUCAAGCAAGUUAUUAACACGCUACCCCAGCGAGAGGCAGUGCCGAAAGCGAUUACGAGACUUGGCCAAGCAAAAGCCGACUCUGUCUGCACACUAUCAGCGUAUGCUUCGUCGAUCACCUUCGCCGCUACAAUCCUCUCCUCCGCCGGAGCCCGAACCACAGCAACCACAACAACCACAACAACAGCCAUUGUCGUCGCCGUUCUUACAGGGCUCUACUAGCUUUUCCACAAGAGACAUGAACUUGUCGCUAGCUACAAGCACUGCCGCAUCGAUGCAGUUAGGAAACCCGUUGUCGCAACUUGCCAACGAUAUAACACCAAGACCGUCGCCGCGAACAUGGUCAAGUGCGCGUUCUUUUGCUCAUCAGAAGUCGCAAUCGCUUCAUAUCGGUUUGGGACUGGGCAACGUGCUGGGUUCACCUUUCCAUGCUAGGUCUGAGUCCAGCAACAGUAGGAUGAACCAGAGCAACGCGCGAACGUGGCAUGCGCCGUCAUCCUCUGCCCAAUCACCACGUCUUGGCUCACCUUUCCAACUACACGCGCCUCGACCCAAGUCAAGAGUGUUCAAGCGACGUGCGCUUCACAACAGCUUCGAGGAUAGGGCGCGAAACCGCGGGGACAGCUUCGUCAACGAGAUCUUUGGGGCGCCAGCUGAGUCAAGUCAUCGUCGUGUGAGGAGCCGCGGCUUCAGUUUGGGUGACAUGAUGGAAGGUGCCCGACGACUGCCUCUGGUCAACGAUCCGUCAGGAUUCAACCCGUUCGCGCACGCUGGCUCUGCCAUGCCUAGCCCAGCUCAAACCUCGCCCGCCGUGCCAGCUGAGUUUCAGAGCAAAGGUACCGUUCGACUGGGCUCACCGUUUGUUGGACGCUCGAGCAAUACCUUUCCUCGGGCGACAGUCUCGCAUAGCUUCGAGCCUCCAGCAUCAUUCGAACAGCGUUUCGCCGGUGUGCCUAGCGACUCGGCGUACCUAUAUCGAUCAUAG